GCUGACUUUAUUUCAAUGAAGGUGGUUUCUGUGAUAUCCCUACAUGUGGAUUGCAGCUCCAGGCAGCCGGGUGCAAGUCAACCAGGCUCAGUUGGACCGGUUGGAGGUGGAUCGCCGCCCCCAAGCGGUGGCUUUGAAGGCAACGCAGUCGGCGGUCCUGUAGUGCUGCCGCCCCCUGAGUCACCGCCUCCUGGCUCAGUGCCCCCACAGUCGCCGCCUCCAGGCGAAUAUCCGCCUGCCCCCCCUGCGCCGGGUGCAGGAGCUGGUGCCGGUCCCGAGAGUGGUGUUUGUCCCGCUCCUUACGGAACUUACAGGAGCAAGACCAACUGUGGCGCUUUCUACGUUUGCGUAGCUGGCAAACCUUACGAGUUCGUCUGUCCAGCUGGCCUCAAUUUCCAUGAGGAUCUGAAGGUGUGCGACUACCCUUACAGAGUGGAGUGCAACGGAGUGCCGACCAACCCGGCUCCACCCGAACCAUCUCCUGAGGAGCAGGUCGAGCCGUCCGGGGAGGCUCCACCCCCUCCACCACCCGCCCCUGUGGCCGAGUCACCUGCCCCCCUGCCCCCUUCGUCACCAGCUGUUUCUCCCGCCGUCGAUCCCAGCUUAGCAGGAUAUUUCGGCCAGAGAAAAUACUACAGCCAGUAUCCCAAUUACUACAAAUCAGCAGUUGGUGGCCUGCAGUGCUAUGGCCGAAGCAACAUAAUGUACCGUCCACUCCGACUUGUUCAACUGUUGCCAUUUGCAAG